AUGUGGAACGUAAUGUGGCCUCUCGACGAGCCCGAGCCUGCUCAAGUGGACAAGGGUUCAAAAACCCCAGAUUUGUCCUCAAAAUGGGAGCAAACUGAUAGUGGUUCGGUUUCCCCUCCAUCGCUCGGGUGCAAUGUACUGAAACCAUCGGCUUACAUGGAUCAUAAAACCAUUCAUAAUGAACUUGGACAGCUGCGUCAGCAAAUCAAAACAGCAAAGGAGGAGAAGGAGGUACUUCACAGGGGACGGCUUCUUGCAGAGGAGCAGUCUCGUCAGCGAGGCGAGUUGCUCGAAAAUGCUCUGCAGGAAGCGAAAGCAGCUAUGAAAGAGAACCGGAUCCUCAUGGCAAAAAUAGGAAGCUUACAAGCUGGAACGGAGACAUUUUCCGACGAGGAAGCCAAGCGAGAGUUGUCUCUACUCUAUCACGACCUUGAACACUGGAAAUUUACUCAUUUUGUAGCAAAGACAUCAUCUCAGGAAAAUAACGAUCCCACUCCAAGAUUAGAGAGCCUCGACAUCUCGAAACUGGACAUUAUCCAGUCGGACAUUGCUAGUCUGAUUUAUCAAUCGUUUUGGAACCGGUUUAUGGUUGGAGCUGAGCAUCCUUGUGGUGUGUAUCUCCGCGAGGCCGACUCCGAGAUAAACAAACAAUUUCCCACCCACAUUUUCCGACAUUGGAGAUGUGCGAUGAGCACUGCCAUGCUGUCCUUGGAAGCCCGCGGUUUACAGGAACAGUGCAAUUGGAUCAUCGAAAAGGUAGAAGUCUGCUUUGGUCGCUACGCUGUCACCGACAGAUCAAAACGAAUGCAGCAGCUACACGACAUUAUUGCGCGCUGUAUCAAUCUCAAACAUAAGUUGGAGUGCCAGGAAGAUACGUACAUCUUCUGGGGCAGUCAGCAAUACGUGCCGUUCCAGGGUGAUAACAUGCGUACCCUCGUAGAGGAAGAUACAUCAGAUGGACUCGUUAUGUCUAGUCUAUGGCCUGGUUUAUGGAAGAUCAUUCAAGAAAACGAAUGGUCGAUAGUCGAAAAAGAGAUUGUGAAGAGGAUUAUCCCAUUGGUCCCUUCUAUUGAAAUGAUCGAAGAGGAAUCUCAUAAAGGCGACACCGAUUCGGAUGGAAUUUAG